GCGCACUGCUGCAGCUGUCCAUGGUUGUGUAGUGGGAGCCAAAGAGGGUCCGGGUACGUGCGAGAUGCAGCCAUAGUCACGCUACACUGUCAAAAAUUAUAACCUACCGGGAUCGUUAGAAUUGCAACGCAUCGGAGCAGACAGAAAGCUUGGGGACGUGAGGAAUCAUGGCUGAGCAUCAGAGGCAGCGCUCUCUGUCCACCGCUGGUGAGUCCCUCUACCAUGUGCUGGGAGUUGACAAGGUGGCCACAAAUGAUGACAUCAAGAGGUCUUACAGGAAACUGGCCUUAAAGUUUCACCCUGAUAAGAAUCCUGACAAUCCAGAGGCAGCAGAUAAAUUCAAGGAGAUAAACAAUGCCCAUGCUAUUCUGAAUGACCCCACAAAGCGUAACAUUUAUGAUAAAUAUGGUUCUCUGGGACUGUAUGUGGCCGAGCAGUUUGGAGAGGAGAAUGUUAACACUUACUUUGUCCUGUCAAGCUGGUGGGCUAAGGCUCUGUUUGUACUCUGCGGCGUGGCCACUGGCUGCUACUUCUGUUGCUGCCUGUGCUGCUGCUGUAACUGCUGCUGUGGCAGAUGUAAACCGCGGCCUCGAGAGAACCAGGAUCAGGAAUUUUAUGUGUCCCCCGAGGACCUGGAGGCUCAGCUGCAAUCCGAUGAGAGAGUAGAGGCUGGUGGUGAACCUAUAGUGCUGCAACCAUCGGCGACAGAAACAACCCAGUUAACAUCGGAUGGUCACCACUCUUACCACACCGACACCGGCUUCAACUAACCUUCCUUUCCCGUCAACCCUGGCCUGCGGUCCUGCCUGCUUCCCUGCUCCACCUCAGUGAGAUGAAAGAGGCUACCCAUCUUUCCACUUCAGUCAGAGAGCCAUGCAGAGGAGGGGGACGAGUAAGCAUGGCCCAAGAAAGGAACUAAUGAAGACACCCCCCCCCUUCACCCUCCCUGAUUGGUCCGCUACUUAUUCCCUCAGUAUGAAAAGAUAAAAGAAAAAACUAAAUUGUUUACUUUUUAUUUCUUCUUUUGUAUUUCUUGGCCUUUAACCACACAGGGCAACUACCCCACCAUCCCUUCCCCACAUUUUGCAUCAUGGUGUAGCAUGCACUCUCCAGAUGGUCUCCAAAUUUACUUUCAUCUUUUGCAACAUUUUUUCUUUGCAAGAUUCACAUCUUUGGUGCAUAUGUGCAAUAUGUUCACAUGAGUACAGAUGACUGGGAAGGGGAGGGUGAAGAGAAUAUUUAUGCGAAAGGAAAAGAAGAGCCAUGGCUCAGGGAGGUGCCAGUUAGUGAGAUGUAUCUGUUGGCUCCGGUGGUCAGUGCCAUCAUUAAACCCUCGAGAACACAGUUGUCAUAGACUAAUUGUAGUUUUUCACAUACGAUUUGCAAUCAAUAAUAUUUUAGUUGAAAAUGCCACCUGCCAUCAGACCUACAUUAUGUCUUUGGCACUGUGUUUGUCUUUAAUAUGUUCCCCAGAGUGUUUUCAGUGUGAAUCAUGAGGUUAUUGUUAAGACACAGAGCUUUAUUUGCAGACAGUUUAUGAUGAAUAUGUGCUGAAAUCAUAGUUUUACAUUCAUCAUUAUUAUUUGAAAACAUUCAAAACAGGCUUUUUAUAAAAACAAACAUAUAUCAAUCAAUAUUUAUUUUAAUAUUACCCUAUUGUUUGUUUUAUGAAUUAUUCAGUUUACUACAAUUAUGUUUUGACCAUGUGCCACAUGAAGCCAAGGAGCUCCAGGUAAAUCAGGUCUGAUCAGGCUGAAAAUACAUCACAGGUCUCCGUCUGCAGUAGUACUGGCUCAGAAUCUGAGAUGUUUUAACUCUGAGCUGUCUUGAAUAUAUUAAGUAGUUAAUGUGAUGUGAAGAAAGAUGUGACACUUGAUUUAAUUUGGGAGUGAAAGACUGCCGGAUAUCCAGAUGGGAAUGUUCCAGGCAGUGAGGGAAGAUUUUCAUCAUGUUUUUAGUCUUUGUGUUUUGAACUGAAGUCUAAUGAUGCUGACAUUUUGUCUGAUGCUGUGACUGUUUUUCCUUGUUGACUUUUUUGAAUCCAUGUAGAGUAAGAAUUUCGUGUGAGGCAUAUCGUGUGAGCCAGCGCUACCGGCAGCUCUGAGUAAAAUGACUUGAGAUUUUUCAUACUCUUGAAUUUGAGUUUAUUGCCACACAUUUGCAAAUUUCCAUAAAUUGCCAUAAACAUCUGCCACUGUCAGUUCCAUAGAUGCUAAUAAUGUGUUUUAAUGUUUUACAAUUGGUGAGCUCUUGUUGCCCACCCUCUGCUAUUAACGGUAUGGAUGUUGACCUCUGUGGCCCUUGUAUGAUGUUUCCUGUAACCUUUGAUGAAACAUAGAUGUACCUGUCAUGGCUUUUUCAUUGAGAUACUGAAAAAUGCUACUGUAAAUGUUCUAAGUUGAAUGCACUGUGUGUUUAAAAAAAAACUAUAAUGGAUCAAUGAUCAGGAAAUAACUCCAUAAAAAGACAACAUAGUAUAUAGUGUAAUUAUAGUGAAAUGGUUAUAUGAUGCAUUUUUGGAAUUUUAUUUAUUUCAUACCUCGUCACGUUUGAAAUGAUGAUUGGCUAUAAUUUUAACUGGUAUGGUGUUGUAAUGUAACCAUUAAAUUUGCAAGGAAUGAUUUAAUGGUUAAGAUCGCUUGUACAUACACUUUGCCCAUAUAAAGUAUAAACCUUAACGUUUAUGUUGUAGCAUGGUAAUUGUGUGUCUGGAUGAAAACAAGUGGAUCAUUGAUCUGAUUUGCUGUUGUUGAAUAAAUGUUCUUGAACAUUUUGA